AUGGCGGCGGAGCACGACGAGGCCCUGGCUCCGGUCAGCAGUAGGGAGUUCCGCGGCGUGUACCGGGAACAUGACGACAAGUACCGGGCGCGGAUCUGGGACCCAUGCCGCCGAGCCCUGAUGUGCCUCGGCUCCUUCCGCACCGCCGAGGAGGCCGCCAGAGCCUUCGAUGCGGCGGCCGUCAGGCUGCACGGCGCGAGGGCUAUCACCAACUUCUGUCAACGCACGGCCGACGGAGGAGACGCAGACGCGCCGCUCCUCCACGUCUCCUGCUUCUGCGUGGGCAAGGACGCCACGGCCAAUGACGGCGACGCGCCGCUCCCCCGUGUCUCCUGCUGCGUGGACAAGGACGCCACGGCCGACGACGGCGACGCGCCGCUCCUCCACGUCUCCUGCUGCAUGGACAAGGACGCCACGGCCGACUCGUGCUCCGGCGAUGACGCGGGGAGCGCCAAGAAGAAGACGGAGAAGGCGGCGGCCAGGCCGGAAGCCUGCGCGCCGGGGUGGGUGGUGAAGAAGAAGAAGGUGGCGGUGAGGUCGGAAGCCUGGACCGAGUUCCGCGGCGUGCACCGGAGACCCAGCGGCAAGUACGGGGCGCAGAUCAGGCACUCCAAGGGGAGAGCCCGGACGUGGCUCGGCACCUUCGACACCGCCGAGGAAGCCGCCAGAGCGUACGAUGCCGCGGCCGUCGAGCUGCUUGGCGCGAAGGCGCUGACCAACUUCAGGCAACCACCCAUGGCCGCCGCUGCUGUUGACGGCGAGGCGUCGCCCAUGGACCUCAGCGAUUUCCCGGAGCUGCUGGCGCUCAACCUCUUUUCGGACACCAUCGCCCCAGGCGCGCAGCUCGAGGACAUCUUCACCGACUUGCCACAGCCGGAGUUCAAGCCGGUGCGCUAGCUCCUCGAGGGCAUGGAGUUCACCAAUGUGGUGGCUUAACAGGUGUGGGAGAAAACUCUGUUUUUUGUUUUGUUUUCCUGACGCACAGGUGCAAAAUUGUAGCCAAAUUUUAUCUUGACCGAGAUUGUACAGUACAGGUGAUCAAAAUCCUGUUCUGGUUUUGUGGUUUUACUAGGGGAUGUGACUGAAUAUGCACAUAUUGGAUUCCAUGCUAAUGCAAAAUUGGUCCUCCAACUUGGUAACCAGUUACUGGAUCUUAUUCGGUUUUUUUUUUGGAGAAGGAUUUUA